AAAAGAUAUCGCAAAAAUGAAAUAAAGUCUGCAUUUUCAGAGGAAAUAACAUUUCCAAAUAUAUAUUAUUUAAUAAGUGUUUUCAUCAAGUACCAAAAUUGUCAACGAAAAAAAAAAUGAAUAAAAAAUCAAACAUCAUGACUACUGAUGAAAAAAGAAAAAUAUUCCUUUCUUCAAAGUUAAGCUAAAAACUCUAUUCUUUGUGAAAUAGCAUAAAAAAAUUUUAUUAAUUUUAGAGCUUGCAAACACUAAUGAAGUUUUUAAUAAUUAAUGAUAGAAUGAGAGUAAAUGAGAAUGCCGUUACUACUGCUAUUAAGGACACAGUUGGAAACGGAAAUGUUGAUAAAAAGGAAAAAUAAAAGGAUUAGAAAUCAUGAAGUAUUCAUUUUUAAUCCUUUUGCGAAAGCAUAUCCCUUUACCAAGAGCUCUCAACUGGAAAACUUAGCUCCAAAGCUUUAAUCACAACUUUUUUAACUCCAUUUUUAUAUUAUAAUUAUUAAAUAAGCUUGAUUGUCUGCUUUAUUAUGAUGGUUAAAAAAACUCACGUUUGUUUACUUUAAACUCAUUGUAGUAAACAGUUAUUAUCAUUAUCAAGUGACAAUUGUAAAUGAUUUGUUUGUUGUAAUACGAAGUAGUGGCUGCAUUUUUCAGACUAUUUCUAUCUGUUUAUUCCGUCCCUAAUUAAAGGCGUCAACACUACUCACAGCUGAGCUUUUAAACACUGAUAAUAAUUAGACAAAAAAAAGAUUCUACGCUUUAUAUCUAAAAAAGCGAUAAAAUAUAUAUAUAGAUAAUAUAGAUAUUUUGAGAUUUCACUGCACAUUACGAGAAUACCAUUCUAUUUGACAUAUCUGAAAAUAUGAAACAAGCAUAUCUUUAAAAGGAACCAUAUCAAACAAUAUUAGAACAGCUAACGACAAUUACUUACUGACUCCAGAAUUUAUAGACUAUCAUAGGCAUCGAGUACAUCUCUUAACCAUAACUACACUUUUGUUUAAAAACCAUCAUACAAGCCCAAAUCUAGAAAAUAGCAGGAUCUUACUUCAAUGUAGAUGAAAUGUUGGUGUCAAAGCACAAAACAUCAAGGCAUCUGUUGAAGUUGAUGGUGCUACAUUUCCAUUUACAAAUAAAGAGCUAAUUCAUAUUGAAUUCUGUAAUAAAUUAUAUAAUUAGCCAGUCAAGAACCAUGAAGCCUUUAGAUGUCAAGAAACGUUCAUCAACUAUCGUAACUGGAUUCAUUGUAUUCUGCUAAGUACCAUGUACCAACCCACUCGGACCAUAAUAGAUUGUGACAACCGGGUGGUGCUUAACAUCGGUGGAAUACGUUUCGAGACGUACAAAGCCACCCUCAAGAAAAUUCCAGCUACUCGUUUAUCCAGAUUGACUGAAGCUCUCGCCAACUAUGAUCCAGUUCUUAAUGAGUACUUCUUUGAUAGGCACCCGGGUGUCUUUGCCCAGAUUCUAAACUAUUAUCGUACUGGAAAGCUACACUAUCCAACCAACGUGUGUGGGCCACUCUUUGAAGAGGAGCUUGAGUUUUGGGGACUCGACGCCAACCAGGUAGAGCCUUGCUGUUGGAUGACGUACACCGUUCACAGGGAUACGCAAUCUACACUAGCAAUACUCGACAACUUGGACUUGGAUGCUGAGAAACCGAGUGAUGAAGAACUGGCGAGGAAAUUUGGCGUAGAGGAGCAGUAUCUUGCUGGAAAAAUGAACUGCUGGCAAAAAAUCAAACCAAGGAUCUGGCUCUUGUUUGAUGAACCUGCAUCUUCAAUAGCUGCAAAGGUAGUCGCUGUAGUAUCUGUGUUUUUCAUUUGUGUGUCCAUAGUAACAUUUUGCUUAAAGACUCAUCCUAAUAUGCGGGUUCCGGUUAUAGUGAACAGGACGAUUCACCAGCCACCUAAUGGUACUAUACUUUGGACGUUGGAUAAAACGAAAACAGAAGCACAUGAAGCCUUUUAUUAUGUUGAAAGCGUUUGCAAUGCCUGGUUUUCUUUUGAGAUAGUUUGUAGGUUUUUAGUGAGCCCUAAGAAAAUGGAAUUCAUGACAGCUCCCAUCAACAUCAUUGAUUUCAUUGCCACCAUGUCUUUCUACUCAGAUAUGCUCUUACAGAGACUUGCAUCAGAUCUCGAAAAAGCAGAUAUUUUAGAUUUUUUCAGUAUCAUUCGAAUUUUCAGGCUUUUCAAACUGACUCGGCACUCUCGCGGACUCAAGAUCCUCAUCCACACUUUCCAGGCGAGUGCCAAAGAACUCUUCCUGCUCGUCUUCUUCCUCGUUCUGGGUAUUGUCAUCUUUGCCUCUCUCGUCUACUACGCCGAAAGGCUUCAGGCCAAUCCUAACAACGAUUUCACCAGCAUACCAGAGGGACUAUGGUGGGCCAUCGUCACCAUGACCACAGUGGGAUACGGGGAUAUGGUGCCUAGGACAUACGUGGGCAUGUUGGUGGGUGCAUUGUGUGCCCUUGCCGGCGUGCUUACCAUCGCCCUCCCUGUACCAGUAAUAGUGUCUAAUUUCACGAUGUUCUAUUCGCACACUCAGGCUCGUGAAAAACUGCCCAAGCAGAGAAGAAGAGUCCUGCCCGUAGAGCAAGUGAGGGUGAGGCCCCUGAGGCCCGGAGGCGCUGCCGGGGGUGGACUCCAUCACAGAAGAAUGAAUGCCAUUAAACAUCACCAUCCUGCUGCACUCAAGGAUUACAGUAACAAAACAGGUAACAACGCUAAUGGAAUGAAUUCAUUGUCUGGAAUACCCCGUCUCGGAAGUAUUUCAAACCCAGGUGCAGCAUUUGGUGUAGCCGGAGCUGUAAUGUCCGGCCUUCCCUCACUUGCUUCAGCAGCAAACCCCACAUUAUGCUUGGCCAGCACUUCACCCUCACUUCAGUCACGUUCUUCGCUGACUCCAAACUCAGAAGCAACUUCUCAGCUAGCACAACAGCCACAAACUUUCUUCGGCAAUGAAGAAAUGCCACGGGUUCGAUUCUCAUCGGCAGCAGACCUGCUUCAACCACCUCCAUGCUCUUCCAAACCGCCCAGUAGGAGAUCGUCCGCCCUUUCACCCGCCAUCCACGUCACAACGCCUGUCGACGGAGUACUGACGUCACUCUAACGUCACGUUUCAAGCUUUAAUGAGCACCGUGCCUAAAUAACCCAGAGUAGAAAAAGUGGACUCAGAUGAAAGUGUAGAAUUUCGCAAGUCCACAUACUGGAUAUUUUCUGACUUAACUAUUCGUGAGGUCGAUGGUCGUAGUUUAAGCUCACUGCUUUGAUAUUCAGACUAUUAGUGACUUUGACUGUAGGCAAAGAGGUUCAUAGAAGAUAUAUUUGCAUCUAGCAACUUAUUGCGUCAUCAAGAAUUAUUAGCGGCAGAACUAUAAUUCACUACAUAAACUUUAAGCCCCAAUACAUACAAAACAGCUUAUUCUCUCUUUUUUUUAAAAAAACAAAUUUAUGAUUAGAAAAAUUGUAUCAAAAUAAUAGCAUUUGUCAAGAUACAUCAUAUUUUUCAGAGUUAAAUAAAAUGGUAAAAACAUUUA